AUGGCGACAAGCGUGGAUGCCAAGAUGCUGCGGCAGACCAAAUUUCCCCCGGAAUUCAGCCGCAAGGUGGACAUGAACAAGGUCAACAUCGAGGUCAUGAAGAAAUGGAUCGCUAGCAAGAUCUCCGAGAUUCUAGGCAAUGAAGAUGACGUGGUCAUCGAGCUGUGCUUUAACCUUUUGGAGGGGUCGCGCUUUCCCGAUGUCAAGUCCCUCCAGAUCCAACUCACCGGCUUUCUCGACAAGGACACCGCCAGGUUUUGCAAGGAGCUGUGGUCGCUUUGUCUGAGUGCCCAGGAAAACCCUCAGGGCGUCCCCAAGGAGCUGCUGGAAGCCAAGAAGCUGGAGCUGAUACAGGAGAAGAUCGAAGCGGAAAAGGCCGCCGAAGAGGCCCGCAAACAGAAGGAACAAGAGCGCGUCCGGGAGCGCGAACUGGAGGACAUCAGACGCAGAGAACGAUCGGAUCGACCUCGCGGAGGAAGAAGAGGUGGCCGUGGCGGUGGUCGCGACUUCGAGAGACACGGGAGUUCGAUUCCUAUGUCCCCACCGGUCCUCGUCGAGGCCGUCGACCCUCCCCAUCGCCCAGUCGCUCUCGUUCUCGCUCCCCGUCCUCUUCUCGCUCGCCCCCGCCUCGUCGAUCACGCUAUCCCGCCAACGACCGCCCCCGACGACCUCGCUCGGCGAGCGGCUCCGUCUCCCCGGACCGCGGAGACCGCAGGAGGCCCCGCCGACGCAGUCCUGAUUACGAAGAGACCGACGGAGACGGCGAUCCGUUUCGUCCCGCAGUGCAUCGCGGUCGCCCGCCUACAGGGACCGGCGCAGAAGAAGAGGUUCCUCUGGAUCAAGGUCCCGUUCCCGGUCUCCUCCCGGGCCCGCAAGUCCCGUGACGACCGCCGCUUGAGUCGCAGCAGAGACCGCGACGACCACCGCCGACGCCGGUACUCAUCCCGGAGUGUCAGCCGCAGCCGCAGCCGCAGCCGCAGUCGCAAUCGCAGCGCCAGUCAGGAUUCCCGCAGUCGCAGCCGGAGCAACGCGAGAGACAGAAAGCGACGUCGCUCCCUCCCGAGAUAUGCCCCUGCCGCGCGCAGACGGCGCAACACCUCCUCCGUAUCCGUCCGCAGUGACAAGCGACAGAGGAUGGCUGAUGAAAACGAGGAAGCCCCCCGACGCGCAUCGCCGCGACCCGAGAAAGCGAGCUCCAGCGACCAAGAGAUGAAAGAUGCCACCGAGACUACCACCUCGAAUCCUGCCCGCGCACGAAUCUCCAGCUCGGAACUCCGCGAGAGACUUCUCCGCGAGAAAAUCGUCGCGAUGCGCCGGACCGCCUCGAGCGACAAGGUAGGUAGCACCUUGACGCCUCCUUCCAAUGAAGAGCGUCUUAUUGAACCGGACGACCACGACCACCCGAUGUCGCACCCCCACGCGGUACAACGGUUCAAUAUCAAAAAGAAAUGAUUUUAAAAAAAGGUUACCCUUGACAAGAAAGACAAGACAGACCCCAAACCCUUCCGAGCAAUACCUCCGUCAAUAGUAUCUUCGAUAGUUUGCG